UAAACAAAAAAAACCCAAGUGUACCAUGCAACAUACUUCUUUCCCAUUAUAAAUAGCAACCUCCGCUCAAUACAUACGAAACUUCCAAAUCAAACCCAUAAAAUAAACCACACAAAACACAUAGAGCCCAAGUCCUCCGAACAUACCUACCCAACACCCCCACCUAAUAAUCUUAACUAUAUAUAUAUAUAUAAAUAUAUAUAUAUAUUUCAAUAAUUAUUUAUUUUUAUUUCUCAUUCUACUAUAUUACAACACAGGAUAGGAAAGAUUACACAGAGAAAAGAGAGAGCCGAAAAGAAAGCUGAGUUAGAGAGAGAACUAAAAGAUACGUACGGACAUGGGUAACAACAAUAUCUUGGAAGCACUGAACGUUCGGGUCGACGGGUCGGGCGCUAGAAACCUGGUGCUGGCCCAUGGGUUUGGGACAGACCAGUCGGCUUGGCAACGCAUUCUGCCCUACUUCACCCCAAAUUAUCGUGUGAUACUCUACGACCUUGUCUGCGCCGGAAGUGUCAACCCGGCUCAUUUCGAUUUCCGGCGAUACACCACUCUCGACGCCUUUGUCGACGACUUGCUCAAUAUUCUUGACGCCCUAAACCUGGAUCACUGCGCCUAUGUCGGUCACUCCGUUUCUGCCAUGAUCGGAAUUCUCGCCGCUAUUCGCCGCCCCGACCUCUUUUCCAAGCUCAUCCUCGUCGGAGCUUCACCUAGAUUCUUAAACGACACGGAUUACCACGGUGGAUUCGAGCAAGGCGAGAUCGAGAAGGUGUUCAAGGCAAUGGAAGCUAAUUACGAAGCGUGGGUAAGCGGGUUCGCUCCGCUGGCAGUCGGGGCUGAUGUACCGGAGGCGGUCCGGGAAUUUAGUCGUACCCUUUUCAAUAUGCGGCCCGAUAUCACUCUAUUUGUAUCACGGACCGUCUUCAACAGUGAUCUGAGAGGGGUUUUGGGCUUAGUCAAGGUGCCCUGUUGUAUAAUGCAGACGGAUAAGGACGUUUCGGUUCCGGCUUCAGUCGCCGAAUACCUCAGAGACCAUUUGGGUGGCCGUAACACCGUCGAAAUGCUUGAAACGGAGGGUCAUUUACCCCAUUUGAGUGCUCCAUGGCUGUUUGCUCAAAAGCUCCGGCGAGCCCUAACUCGGUGAGUUUAGUUUGCCGCCUCUGUUUUUGGGUCAGCCCUAAAAUAUUAAAAUAAUAAUAUUAUUAUUAUUAAAAAAUGGUGGAGCAGGAGAUGUUGACACUUGGCGAAUAAUAUGUGGAUGUUAGUUUCUGGACUUUGGAUUAUCUGGUUCUUACUCCGGUAGAGGAUAAGAAUUUCCACGUGAUAAUCACGUGAUGACGUAUCAUCUUUGUAUUUUUAUUUUUUAUGUACUUGUAAAAUUUGGAUUGCCCAUGUUUUAGCUUUUUAUGGGCAAACAAAACUAUAAGUGAAAAAUGAUUUUUAAUUUGUACUUUA